UUCUUAAUAUUAAUUAUGGAGAUGAAUGGGUUCAUUGAAUGAAAGCAAUUGUGCGAGUACAUCAAAAAUUCGAGAAAAGGAUGAUACUGUGACUCGCGAUGAUGCCAUUACCAAUGCUAAUGAUGAAAGCGAUGAAGAAACUGAAAUCAACGUGAAUGGCAAUAGACCCGCUCUCAAAUCACACCCUUGCGAGCCUGCUUUAAAGAAACGCGAUGUCACUGCCUGUCCCAUUUGGACGUUAUUGAAGAAAACAAGUGCGGGUCGCAGCAUUCUAGCUGAAUAUUCGAAUAAAUCCCAUCUUUCUGAAAGAGCAUCUCUCGAUUUGUGCAAUAUCAUCAUCACCGAAUAUUUAGUGGAUUGCAACACGUAGGGUAAUUGACAAAUGUCAAUUCUUCGACUUCAAGAUACAGAUUUAUUCCAUUUUCCCACAAGAAGACCCACAUGUGUACUAUUGGUCGCCGAUUUCAAAAAAAAGUUCAGCACGCAAAAUCUCAGAGCAAGCACGUGGUCGUCUGUAUGAAAUAUCGGAAAAAAUUGAAAUUAUUCCGCUUUAGAAGUGGAGUCACAAAUUCAUCAAAUCCCGAAAUGCUUCAAACCGAUGUUGAAAGUGACAAGAGCGAAAGCUUUGAAUACAUCGUACACAACAAGGAGAUUGGGCCCGAGUUAUGCUUUCAUUGGGAAGAGACUUCCGAUGUUCGUUUGAAUAAAUUGGUUGAAACUAACGGAAAAGUCAGUGAUUAUUUGAGCCAGUAUCCAGUUUUGGCCGAACCAUCUGGCUAUACUUUUCUGGAAUUGGACUUCGUACAACGUUUUAAAGUGAAAGAAACCGAUAUCUACAAGAAAUGGCAGAAUUUCCAUGAAAAACCACUGUCAUUGGCCAGUGUUCAUCAGAAGAAAACCAUUGACGAUCAUAUUCAGUCCUUGAAGAAAGACAUUCCUGCGUAUUACAGGAUUCUUCUUCAAAUCUGGAUGCUCCCAUACUUGGUGCUACCGAGAACGAGGAAAACUCUCUAGACACCUGAAGGAAAGCAACAAUGGAGACCCAGUGUUAGUGAAUGCCAGUCAAGCAUCAUCAUCCACGUCAAGGCAACUUUUCUCUUCAAUUACUUUGGGGCCUCUUGAUUCUAAUAAAACUCAUGAACAAUUUUUCAUACCCAAAACAUUGAGUUAUAAAAAUCGAUAUCGUAUUUCGCUCGGCAGAUAUCCGGGGACAUCCAGAAAACAAUUGACGAAAGGAGUACUGUGAUGCAGAGCAAGGGUCCAACUGUGCAGCCAUAUAUAAUCGCCGUUGGACCAACUUUGGAGGAGGUGACAGGAUACUACGUCAUCGUGGAAAAAAUCCGGUAUUCAUUCAAUUCCCCUUUAAAAACUCUUCAUGUAUGUUUUCAAAUUUUCCACGUCUGCAGUGCCGUAUAUUCAUUCGAAAGUGAACAUUUGUGGUUGAUAAUACAAAGAGCACUCUAUGGAAUUCACACAAAGUGGGAUCGACCAGCUGCGUUCGUAGGUCAAAUUAUUAAUUGUUUAAAGGAGUAAAUCACGCCAGACAUAUCCGUCCAAACCAUAAUUAAAUACACAUUUGAGUCUUAUCAUAGAAAUUAA